CCACGACCUGAAAGCUGCAUUUGCAGCAUUUUAUAGGCCUUCAUGAGCACACUAAACCAAGUCCAUCGUCUUCAAGGUGGUAAUAUCGAAUGAGACGGUCAUAUGUGGAUGGAACAACUCUCAGUACGAGGGAUCACCGGGCUUCAUGAAGUCAUCAAGGAUGCCCAACGUCCAGCGCAUGUCCGUUGAUAUAGACGUUGCACUGUGGAUUGUAGAUUCACACCACUGUGAGCGGUACCGGUUCAGCCCUGUAACCAGCCCCGCACCAAACUCCAACGCCGAAGAUAAAGCAAGCAAUCGAACGAAUCAACAGAUCAGUCCGUCACUGUAUACAACAUUGCCUCUUAUCUCAUUCUCCUUCACAUUCUCCUUCACACUCUCAUGGCAUUCUAAUGAACUUUGCUGGAGAUGAGAGCGGACUAUGUGGCCGCGAUGGUGCUCACCCUCCAUGCAAACAUAAGGAGGCAUCUUCUUGUCGUCUUGUUUGCAUCAGCCCA